AUGGAUUUACCAUUCAAAAUUAAAUUACCAGAAAAUCUUGCUUCAACUUUAAGGUCAGAAAUUGGUAAUAUUGAUUAUAAACUUACUGCAGAAAUAUCUCGAAAAAGGAAUUUUUGGAAGUUUCAAGGACCAAGGAAAAAUAUCGAAUGUAAUUGUAACAUCUUAAAAUAUUGUUUACUCCCACCACCAGUUCCUGUACAUUGGGUAGAAUAUGAUACUGAAAAGGCCACCAUAUCAAAUGGUAUAGGUUAUAACGUUCGUAUGGAUGAUAUAAAUUUUGGACCUAGUAACCCAAUAAUUGUUUAUGUGAAAUUGAAAUCAUAUAAUCCUAAAUUAAAGAUUAAAGAAAUAUUUGUUGGGUUAAAAAAAUAUUGUAGCUUUAAUGCCCAAGGUGGCUCAAAACAUGAAGAGAAAUAUGUAUUAAAAAAACAAGUUAUUGGAGACAAAAUUAUGUGGGAUAAUUAUAAUGAAUGUUAUUAUACUUUUGUAUUGGAUAUUCCUGAAGAUAUGACAAAAUUUGGACGGACGAUCAAACUUGAACAUAUUCUUGUAGCCUUUAAAAUUAAAAUAAAGAUUAAAAAAGAAGGAACGGAUAUUAAUUUAGAACAUGAUGUUAGGAUUGAUAAUUUUUUGCCUGUAAAUUUAUAA